AUGACAUUAUGCUGGAGAAGAAUUAAACAAAGACAACUUGACAACAAGACAAAAUCACGAAUGAUUGAUUCACAAUAUCAAGAAAAAUUACGUUCAUGGGCCGCUAAACAAUUGAAAACCAGCAAUGACACGACUAAAUCUUAUCAACCAUUAAUAUCAGACUAUAAUCCCAAACGUCCAAGAAUAUUAUGUGCUGACACAGUUUUCUGCAAUUCGACAUUGAGAAGUGCUUUUGAUGAAAAUACAAGUGAUAUCAACGAAGAAUAUGAUCAUAUAAUAAAAAGUCGAAUUGUUUCGGAUCAUCAUCUCAAUAACGAACAUGCAACAAAACAAAAUUUAUUGUCAAAACCGUCAUCGAUAGAAACAGCUGUACAAAUGAUUAAACCAAUCGUUGACAUUAUAUUUACAGCAUUUGAACAGCAAUUAAAAUCAACCAAUUCAAAUCAAUGGAUAGAUAAACUGACUGAACAAACAUCAAUAAAUGGAGAAAACGCAAAGCUACUCUUACCAUCCACUGCUUCGUCAAUAGCGAUUUCCAAAUCCAACUCUACGCGUUAUAAAACAGAACAAAACAAGAUAAUAAAUGUUAGUGGAUCGUAUGCAGUUUCAAAUAUCAAUAAUAGCUAUCCAUCUAUGGAAAGACUGCCACAUUAUUCAAGUGGCGCACCUAUAGAGAUUAGCGAAACAAAAAUAAAUUCAAGAACAAGUAAAUUUCAAAUGGUUGAAGAUGCUAAUAGACAAAUCAUCAUACCGGAAAUACCCACUAACUUUUUUAUCGUUGAUACACGGUUUCCCGUUCCUUAUUAUCCAUCAGUACCACGAUUAUACAAUAAUUACAAUUAUAUUGUACCAUCGUAUUUUCACCGUUCAGCAGUGUUGCCGUACAUGCAAUUCCCACAGCAACAUCAAACGUAUAAUAUGAAUAUUAAAUCAAUGGCGAAUGGAAAUAGAUUCACUGAACGAGAACACUUAACACCAAUAUUAAUGCAUAUAGUGACGUUCAAUAUCUACUUUAAUCAACAAACAUCGAGAAAAAUUAAAGAAAAGCAAAAAAAUAUCAAAUUGGCAGUAAAAAGACAAAAUCUUAGUGAACAUUCUUUAAGAAAGAUUCAAUCCUAUAUAAGUUUGGAACAAAAAUCACAAUCAUUAACAAAUUUAAGGACCAUAAACGAACUACAAACUACGCCGUUCGAUCAUAGUAUAUCUAAAGAACAAUCCAAGUUGAAAAAUCCAUGUAAAUUCAAAAGAUUUCUUCCGUCUGAAAGAUAUGAAAAUUUUUGUCAAAAACCACAAACCAAAUUGUUAGCAACACUGGCCGCAGUUGUUUUAUGUGCCAUAUAUUUUCUGUGA